CCCACUCUUGUCGGUGCAAUUUGCAGUUCUGAGACAAGGCGACAUCAGUCCAGAAGUGGUGGGUAGCUGCAGGAGAAGCCCUUGAUGUGAAGCGACAGAAGACUGCAGAACAGUAAACCCACUCAAGAGAUUAACGUCCACAUGUCCCAGCAGCGGGGACACUGUCCGACUUUGUAAACCUCUGUAGUAAGUCUCCGGUGGUGGGAGGAUCAUUACAGGCGCUCAUUCUCCUUCCUCAGCCUGCUGCAUGCACACUCGGCUGCUGGUGGCUUGUCACAGCGGACGGUCAGCAGUUCACAGAGCACUGCCACAGAGCCGCAAACACAAUGCCAGGAGAUGGAUUCACCAUUAAAAGUCGCAUCAGGAAGUUGCUGCGUUCUCCCUCAGCCAAGCACAAGAAGAACAGGACGGAGAGUCUCUCCAGCAAGGUGACUUUGGAGAAGGUGCUUGGAAUCACCGCUUCAGGAAACAGCGGUCUGGCCUGUGACCCCCGAUCUGGACUAGUGGCCUAUCCUGCAGGGUGUGUGGUCGUCCUCCUGAACCCCAAAAAGAACAGACAGCAUCACAUUAUCACGUCAAGAAAGACCAUCACAGCUCUGUCUUUCUCCCCUGAUGGCAAGUACUUGGUCACAGGAGAGAGCGGUCACCUUCCAGCUGUCCGACUGUGGGACGUGGCAGAACGUAGACAGGUGGCGGAGCUUCAGACACACAAAUAUGGCGUCUCCUGCGUGGCUUUCUCCCCCAACAGCAAAUACAUCGUCAGUGUGGGAAACCAGCACGACAUGAUGGUCAACGUCUGGGCGUGGAAGAAAGAUGUAGUAGUGGCUGCCAACAAGGUGUCCAGUAAGGUGACAGGUGUGUCUUUCUCUGAGGACAGCUCCUACUUUGUCACUGUGGGGAACAGACAUGUCAAGUUCUGGUAUCUAGACCACGGCAAGGCCAGCAAGGCCAGUGCUCCUGUUCCUCUGCUGGGCCGCUCAGGGCUUCUGGGAGAGCUGAGGAACAACUUCUUCUGUGAUGUGGCCUGUGGACAAGGCUCUACAUCUGACUCCACCUUCUGCAUCACCUCCUCUGGCCUGCUGUGUGAGUUUAACAGCAAGAGGAUGCUGGACAAGUGGGUGGACCUACGGACGGGCGUGGCCCAGUCUCUGUCUCUGUCUGAAGAUACCAUCUUCUGUGGAUGUGCGGAUGGAACGGUGCGAGCCUUCAGCUCUGUUGACCUGCACUUUGUCUGCACCCUGCCGUUGCCGCACCCCCUCGGCUCUGACAUCUCGGCCGCCAGAGAGGCCAGCCACCUAUUUUCCACUAAGACAGACGCCCGUUACCCAGACACCAUCGCUGUUACCUACGACCCCAUCAGCCACUGGCUCAGCUGUGUGUAUAAUGACCACAGUUUGUAUGUGUGGGAUGUGAGAGAUGUCAACAGGGUGGGGAAGGUGCACUCUGCCCUCUUCCAUGCUGCCAGUGUCGGGGACCUGGAGAUGUUCCCAGAUGUUCCUGGGGAGCUGGGUGCUGGGCUGUCAUCAGGUGCAUUCCUUACUUGCUCGGCUGAUAACACCAUCAGACUGUGGCACAUGAACGAUUGGACACAUUCUCAGAACAUCCUCAGCAGUGAUCUCCUGAAUAUAAUUCACAUAGAUGGAAACACUAGUGCCUUGCUGGAUCAAGAAUGUACAAAUAAUGCGAAUGCAGAGAAACCAGGGGACGGACAGGCAGCAGAAAGCAAGACGGGCAUCCGGACCAUCUGUGUCAGUCCAGACGGCAAACACCUGGCAUCUGGGGAUCGCAACGGGAUGCUGAGGGUUCAUGACCUCUGCAGCAUGGAGGAGAUUCUCAAAGUGGAGGCACAUGAUGCUGAGAUCCUCUGUCUUGAAUACAGUAAACCAGAAACUGGUCUGAAGCUGCUGGCCACAGCUAGCAGGGACCGUCUGAUCCAUGUCUUGGAUGCUGGGGACGACUACAGUCUGGUGCAGACACUCGACGAGCACUCUUCAUCCAUAACAGCCGUCCGCUUUGCUGCCAAUGACAACAAGGUGAGGAUGAUCAGCUGUGGAGCAGACAAGAGCAUCUAUUUCCGCACUGCAUACAAGACUGACAGAGGGACAGAGUUCAGGCGUUCCCACCACAUGGUGAGGAAGACCACCCUGUACGACAUGAGUGUGGACGCCACCUGCAAGUACGCUGCUGUUGGCUGUCAGGACCGCUGCAUCAGGAUUUUCAACAUCAGCAGUGGCAAACAGAAGAAAGUCUACAAAGGAUCACUCAGUGAGGAUGGCAGUCUGCUCAGGGUCCAGCUUGAUCCGUCAGGUCAAUACGUGGCCACCAGCUGCUCCGAUAAAAACAUCAGCAUCUUUGACUUCUACACUGGGGAGUGUGUCGCCACUAUGUUUGGACACUCUGAGAUUGUCACUGGGAUGAAGUUUACCAACGACUGCAAGCAUUUGAUUUCUGUGUCAGGGGACAGCUGUAUCUUUGUGUGGCGACUGGCUCCAGAGCUGACAAUCAGCAUGAGAGAGAGGCUCUGCCAGCUCCGACAAAACCUGAACACACAACCCUGCAAGACCUCCAGUCUCAGGCGAGAGGUGUACAGUGCCCCCACUCUGGGUGGUCUGUCCUUUGACAGUGACCGUGAGCCCGAGGAGGACGGAGCAGAGAAUGACGACCCCAAUGAUCCAGAGGACAUCACAAUCAAUACCUCCUCUGACAGCAGCCAUGGAGAGGAGGACACAGGUGGCUCAGAUGAAGGACAGGACUGGGAGCUGAAAAAGCAUGGAGUCAUCAGCCAGGUCACUCCUGACUCCUCUAAGCGGCCUCGGAGGCGCUGGUCUCAUCGUAUGGGCUCCCUGGAGGUGAUGGUUAAAUCCAUGCUAGACCUGAGGCAGCUGGAGACCUUUGCCCACAAGAAAAACUCUACCUGCCCCCCUCAUGACAGAGAGAGACAGAGCACAUCUAGCCUCCAUGAGCCGAUGCUGGAGGAGAGAGCCAAGAGGCAUCGGCUCUGGCCACAAGCUGAUUGGCUGUCCUCACACCCAUCCAAGGGCAUCAGGGGGACUGAUGGAGCCGUGUUGUACCCCGAGGAGAACCAGGACGAUACAAGUCUGCAGGGCAGUGAUUACAUGGUGAAGGAGCAGCAUUGCAGGAUGCAAGGGCGAGGGAUCCGCAGUGAGAGCCAGGAAAGCCGCAGCCCGGACAGUGCUUGCUCUCUGGGUUACAACAGCAGGGAGUCCAGCCCAGAUCGUGUCCCUGAUGAUUGUGCAGAUGUGGAGUCCCUGGGUCAGGACAGCUCUGAUGAGGAGAAUGAAGAGAGGGAGGAAGAGGAGCAAAUGACAAGUAUGGAUGAAGCUCUGAGGACAGUGACUGGCAUUGCUGACCGCGGCCAAGAAGAUUUCCUCAAGCAGAACUUUGAGAUGCUGGCAGAGAGCUGCAGCACGGCCGAGCAGAGCAGAGUCCCUAGGCUCAGUAUGUCUUCACGCUUCCUGGCCAGAGGACAUAAUAACAGGAGCAUGCCUCCAUUUGCCAAAGUGCAUGGAAAGGAACCAGGUAGCCACUUUGCUAAGCCCCCCGUGUCAAAAGUACGACCCUUGAUUGAAGAUAACACACAAGACAAGACCCCCGUGUCCCCUGGCAGGAGCAAGGGGCCAAACAGGGAAGACGCUCCAGGGAGUGACCGUGGUCCUAGCCUUAGUCCCCUGAAGAAGAAGACUUCAGGGUCUCACCUGUGGAGGCUGUCAAACCCUCCAUAUAACGCUCCAUUGCUGUCGGACAGAGCAACAUGUUUACAGAAAUCACACUCCACCCAGAACCUGGCCUCAGACUCUCCUCACUCACAUGUGCCCUCUAGUGACCAAAGGGAGUCGUGCAAAAGACCUCAGCAGCUCUUUCUGGAUCAUGACACUCCCAAGCCUUCCUUUCACUUUUCUUCACCCUCCUCUGGCUCCCCACAGUCACCCCAGUCCCCCCUCCCCUGGGAUAGCCCCAAACUCAAGCCCCAGCUCACCUACAUGAACCCCACUGCCAGCUCCAUGGCCAAAAUCAGCCGCUCCUCCUCACUGGGAGAGGGCAUCCAGAUGAGCACUCCACCGUGCUCCCCCUCCCUCCCCAAGAACAGGAGCUCAUGCGGAGAGCUGGAGGUUGACCCUCCCAUGCUCACCUCGUCUCUUGUCACGGCUUUCCCCUCUGCUGUCUCAUCAGCAUCAUCCCUCUUAUCAUGUCCUCCAUCACACAGUCCCUCCCCAGCUCCUCCCAAUCCUACAGCUACAGUUUCACCCACUCCUUUUUCCCAGAACAUCCCGCCCUCUCGCAUCCCGCUCCCCAGACAGCCUCUUGGCCCUCGUCGCAGCAUCUGCCUGGAGGUGAUGCCAAGCUCAAGUUGUUCUGGAAGCCCGGUGAGGGCUUUAACUCCUACUAUAGACCCUGGAUGUGAGGUUACACUUGCUGCAGGAAGUCAAGCACUGGUCAGGCAUUCAAGUUUGGAUUCUUCCCUGCCAAGUUCACUACCAGUGAAGCAGAAGAGAGACUUGGUUUCAGAGAGUAUCACGGAGCCAGGACAGGUGGCUGUAGCCAAAGAGUGCCCUCUGGUGCCUGAACAGACCCACACAUCGAGUGCUGACUUCCAACCAGCAGAUCACUCUAUCACCUUGGAAACUUGUAGGCAGGCUGUUAGUGAGCUUCACAACAGUCUGAGGAAAACUGUCAUGCUCUACACUACGGUGCUGCAAUCUGGCCAACAUCACAGUGAAGAUCAACAAGAAAUGAGGAGCAUCCUGUCCAAGACCCUGUUGACUGUCAAAGCUGAGCUGGACUCUCUGCCUCACCCCACCUCGCAGUGUGAAGGGCCCCAGGUGCACCAGGAGGUCAAAGGUGAAGGAGAUAAGGCCCUGGCUCUGCUGGAGCAGUACGCUGAGCUGCUGCUGAAGUCUGUGGAGAGGAGACUAGAUACCAAGACUUGAGCAGAUGGACUGAUGUUUGCGUGAUGUUGAGUUUGUAUGACACAUGCCGCCACAGUAGCACUGUGAAUUUCAAACUUGUUAUUUGCACAGAGUUCUUCUGGAACUUUAUUUGUGAGAUGAAUACAGAUGAGAUGCAUUGGAGAAGCUGAAAGGAAUGAAUGAUGAGUAUUAUGCACUGAAAUAAGAAAGAAUAAAAAAGGUUUGCCUUAUUUUUCAAGUUGCCAUAGCUCUUAAAAUUAAAUUUCAUAAGCAUAAGGAAUGAAAUACAAUAAUUAUGAAGGGAGACACCAGAAGGACAAAGAUGAUGUAGUUACAUGGAGAGCUCAGGUAGUCAAAAAGGUCACCAAAUGCACUAUUUAAGUGAUUGUGUUAACAUGGUUAUGUUUGGUAAAGGUUAAGUAGUCUAAAGCCGCAUUAGCAUCCCCUAGAGGCUGCACUGUCCAUUAUUCUGUUCUGAAAUAUAACAAUUAAUGGACAGAAUUAACAAUCUUCUAAUGAUUUUUCUAUUCAAUAAAAAUAUAAAAAUUAGUCCUAAGGGUAGUGUUACAGCAAGUAACAUAGAGCUAUUCAAAUCUGAAAGGUUAAUGCUUGUGGGUGCUAAGAAUGUGCUCAGUCAUUUUCCUGGAAAUAUGUCAAUUUAAUUAGAAAAUACUCUAUUCUGUGUGCUAUAUUCAAGUUUAAAGGGCUGAAACAGGAAAAUGUAAAUUUCAUGACUAUUGUGCUAUAAGUUUUUGUAGAAUUAAAUGCUUGGGUCCAAUGGGGACAUAUCUACUUGGGGAAUUAUAAAUAUCUGGCCAGUUAUAGAGACGAUUGCUCCAGACCAAAGUGUUGCACUGUUCUGUUGGGUACUAUCUAGAGAUGGAUAUGUUUACACAUGUUUACAUGUGAGGUUAGAGGAAGUGAACAUACGAUGUGAAGGUAGAAUUGGUUAUAUUAAGGUAUGAUGGUUUGUUUUAGCUGUAUAAUUUAUAUACUUUUCUGCCACUGGUGUCUCCCUCACUGCAGAGAAGUGUAGUUGCAUCUUAAAAGCAGUUUCCAUUGCUUUAUGUAUUAUCAUGACUACUCUGUUAGCCUAUGUUCCUUAUGUACAUGUGUGCAUGUUUUUGUAGUGCUGAUUUGAAUGUUCUACUGUGAUCUUAUAUUUCUCUGAAAGAGAUUUUUCUUUUGUUACUGUCAUACAGUUUCAAACUGUUGCACUGUGUCUUUAAGCUCUCUUAAAACAAUAAACAAUGAAAACGUUGGACCAGA